GCGGCGUACAGUGAAAAGGCGUCGCGAGGAAUCUUCCAGUAGUGAUACGGUGAACAUGGUGCGACACCUCGUUCCUCUUAUUCUCGUCCUCUACGCCGCACUGCCCUAUCAAAUUCAUGGUGCUGAAAUUUCUGUACGAAUUGAGAGACACUUUCCGUGUUCGGCCAGCUCAGGCCCUAAAAAGGAGAAUCUCCUCAUCAAGUUCCCCUCAUACAAAACUGCUGGAGUGGAGUUUCAUGAGGAGACAAACGCACAGGGACACAAAUGCUUCCGAAUGAGUGGAGGCAAAGUGGAGGUGUUCCCUCCUGGUCUCUCCGGAUCGAAGAAAUACUACGUUCAUCUUGAAACUCGCAUUGGUAUCCAUGGAAAACCCGAGAGAUGCGUAAAUGCCGAUAGCAAUGGAUGCGGAGGAAUCGGUUCAUGCGUUCAUUGUGAUAUUUGCGAGACGAUGGGUGGCUCUUUGAAGAACUUCGUUCAAAUUUUCCAAGGAAAUAAGCCAGCGCAGUGUUCAAGUCAGGGCCUACCAGCAGGUAACUACAAUGAUCUCUCCCUAAAAGUUUGUUUACCCACUAAGAACGAACUUCUGCCUUUCUUAGACCAGAAUGCCAGCCGAGCUGAACAGCUGUGGGACCUCUUCGUGAGCUCACGAGCAAGAUCUGGGGAAAUUCCACUUGUGAUUGCUGCUCGUAUAUUCAACCGUCCAAUCAACAAUCUGAGCCCGAAAGAGAUGAACGAUCUCUUACAUGACUCAAAAGACGGAAUGAUUGGUUGUCACUGGAUCUACGCAACUGUAUCACAACAGAAUUAGAUUAUUCGAUCACAUAGACUACUCGUCUGCAGCGAAAGUUUGCUAGCAUCCUUGCCUAUCUCGUUAUCCUUUGAUCGUCUCUCUUUUUUGAUUCGGGUAUGUCACAACCCUUCCUUGACCGUCGUCGUGAACUCGUCGAACGCCCUUGUGUUGUACAUUUUGACACCUAUCGUCUAUUCAUCGGAAGACCCCAUGUUCAGUAUUGUGCUGCUAGAUAUUGAAAUAAACUCAGUUUUUCAAUUCAAAAUAACUAUG